AUGAUUUCAGCACAAGAGAACGAAGGAACUUCAUUGCGGACAGAGUUCUCACGCGGGAAGGCUGCUUAUAAGGAAGUAGAAGACUCGCCUCUGGCCAGCAUAGAUCCCAAAUACCAAACCAUAGUAUCAGACUGCCUCCUAAACUUUACCAAGUGUGCCUUCCUCGUCCGCCAACUGUCCCUCUUCAGCGACAACGAGAUCUUGGACGACAUUGUUACUACUGACCUGAGGUAUAUACUAGUAGACUACUUCCUCGGCGAAACAACCCUCAAACAAGUAUCGCCCAAACUCGAGCGAAUGCAAGUCAUCAAUGUCGCUGAAAUGUAUCUGUCGCGCUACCUGACUAUAUGCGAUGACUAUGCCAUACUCGAUUCCGAUGAUGCAAAGAGAUGGCAUGCCAUGACGAGAAAGAAUGAGGAUGGGGAUCUAGUGGAUAGCAAUACGACAGAACGACCACCCACUCGUGACGAAAAGAUUGCGAGGUACAAGAGGGAAAAAGAGACAAAGAAGCGAUUAGAGGACUUGCUAAGCAGACGCAAAGACCAGGAAAUCGAUGAAGACAUUGAACGAGACAUCAUUUUAACUAGUGGCAGACUAUACGCUCAAACCGCACUCGAAUCCAUACGACUCAUUCGUGAUGAACGUGUCAUACUCUUGGAAAUGGAACAGAUAAAGAGAGACAAGAGUCAUGAAUUGUCUAGUCAGCUUGAGAACAAUAGUGACACUAGAGUGGCGCUAAAGGAUAGGACUGGUCCGUUGAUGAAUCCACAAGGAAGGAUCAUGCGUCCAUUCGUGAUUACCAGCAAGAGAGAAGAAGUACGACGUGGUGUAUUCAGACCAGGCUGGAAUCUACCAACAAUGACCAUUGAAGAAUACUUGGAUUUGGAAAUGGAACGUGGGAACAUGUUAUCUGGUGGAACAGGAGAGGAAACAAACACAAAGGUCGUCGAAGAUUCCGACUAUGAUGCUCAAGAUCAGGCAACGCUCAAAGCUAGAGAGUGGGAUGAUUUCACUGAUGAUAAUCCUAAAGGGUGGGGUAAUCGUGGUGCAAACCGUGGAUGA